CACUGUUGGCAACUCACAACAAUGUCCAGCACACUACAACCAUCCCUCCAACUCUACCGAUCUAUCCGAAGACUGCACAAAAAGCUUCCUCCAGCCUUGAGAGCAAUUGGAAACGGUUACGUAAAGGAUGAAUUCCGACGACACUCCAAUGCCGACCCCGCUUUCGUGCCUGGAUUCAUGCAAGAAUGGACACGGUAUAGAGAUAUGCUCCAGCAUCAAGUUUCUGCGUCUCCCUUUGAACCCAAUACGCCUCGAGGAUUGGGACGCAAGUUGGAGGAACACGAGUUGAAUGCUUUGAAUGAUCAGCAAUUGGGGCAGUUGCAUGCGCUGCGGGAGGCCACCAGAGGGGAGUUGACGGAUUCUCGGUGACGGGCUGCGCCAUAUGCGAGGAGAGUGUUUCUGUCGGGAUAGGUCAUCUUUGCCCGUGACGUUUGGGGAACCAUACUUUUCUUCUUUUCUGUGCAUUGACAGAAUUCAGGGCUAUUUAAUAUAUAUUUAUUGCGAACAUACGGUUAUU